AUGGACGCGGAUGAUCAUGCCGGAUUGUUUCGGUUCCCCUUCAAAAUCCCUACUUUUCAUGGUAUAAGGAAGGCCGGGGUAUAUCUAUCAGGUGCCCUUUAUGCUCUAGGGUUUUGGGUCUUUUUGGAUGCGGUACUUUUUUCUAGGUUCUCCAAUGCUUCGGACGUUCAUGUGACAUUUAUUGAUUGGAUUCCAUUUCUUUGCAGUACGCUAGGGACAUUGAUUGUCAAUUCCAUCGAAAAAAAUAGAUUACUGCAAGGGGCUUUAUCAUCAGACGGUGGUGCUUUCGGUAGCAGUGGCGGUGAUUUGGACUCGAGCAUGGCAUGGCAAGCUCGUACUAUUUUAUUUUUUGGCUUUGCCUUAUUAGCUGGUGGAUUAUCAGGUUCCAUUGUUGUAUUGAUCAUCAAAUUUUUAGUCAAGGAUUAUAAUACUUAUCCAACAUUGGGGAUGGGCAUCAACAAUGUAUUAGGAAAUGUAUGCAUAUUAUUGAGUUGUGUCGUUCUAUGGAUUGCUCAAAAUGUGGAAGACGAGUAUUCAUACUCUUUGACACUUUAA